GUGAAUCUAUAGACCUCACACAAUAUUUUCAUUAAGAACCGACUGAAAAUUUAGCCACGCUUCACCAACUUGAAUGCCUAUUCAGGUGUAUAAAAUCUUUUAACGUUUUUCAGUCAGUUUUUCGGCAACAGAUAUCUUUAUUUAUUUUGUCUACCUGCGAGCUUCUUCAUGUCAGCUCAUGUCUCAUAAAUGGAGAGUAUUAGCAAAUGAUGUAUUCAUAAUACAAUGUCGAGAUUAGGGGCAUUCUAACGGUUCUUCAGUGGUUUCAGAAAUUUCCUGCUAGUCGGAUUAAACCUAUAAUAAUUGCGAGUUUAUCCGUGCAUGUUCAGUCGCCAAUUAGAACGUGUUAAAACUCGCCGAGAUUUAUUCCUGCCCCAAUAAUUAAAACAAUAUCGACAAACAAAAUAAACAAAGCUAUCCUUUCGUUGCGGCGCAAUUGGUAAUUGAAACGUAAUAAACGAACGUAUUCAUCAUCACGUAUAUGGGCCUCUUAGCGUUGGCGUGAAAUGUUAGACUCAAAGGCGAAGUAAAGAGAAAAGACUUAUUAGCAGGAGAUAAGUAGCCUCGGUGACACGAGAGGCGAUGAUGCUUGCUCGCUAUAACCGGGAGUCUUCAUGUCAAAGGAUUCGUCAAUGUAGUUGCUGUUAUAAGGAAAUCUUUACACACUUUGUCGGUUUUCCGAUAACCUUCAUAGGCGUACUCUAACGAUGUUCGUUAUAGUUUAGCAAAAAUAUUUAUUUUUGCUUAGUUUACUAGUAUUAAAAAGGAUCAUAAAGUGGUGUUAAUUAGUAAAUUUAAUCACCCGGUGAAUCUAUCUUUAAACUGAUGUAUUAUAUGCUGCAUAGGGAGUAGGAUCUAAGCCUGGUGCAUCCACCAUUUUUUCAACAUUUUUUUAAAUUUUUGCUGUAAUGUUGAAAAAUGUUUGUAACAAACUGGAUUAAAAAGGAAUCAUAAAUAAAAAAAAAUCUAUUCAAUAUUUAAAAUUAACUUUCUUGGUAUUAACACCUGUAAUAUUUAUAAGUGAUAAGAAAAAGCUUUUUAAAAAAGAGCUUGGAAACUAAUGAGUUAAAAAUUUAAGAGAAGAAUUUAAAAUAUCCUGCAUGCAUAUACUAAACUCUCAAUAUUUAUAUUUAACCUGCAAUCGAUGAAAAAUUAAAUCCAAUUGUUAAAAAUUGGUAUUUAAAAAAAUAUUAAUAUUACGAAACAAAUUUAUUAAAUAAAUCACGUGCAGAAUAUUUUGAAUGAUUUGUUUCUUGUAUCCGAUUGUUUGGUUCACGGUCGGAAAGUACCGUUGGGAGCUUGCAAUGUCAAACUCCGGUUGGAAUGCACAUCGAGAUCCAUCCCGGACCAAUCAAAUCGAAAUGACCGAUAGAGUGACUAAUAGCACGCCGCUGCCGGGUAUCACUGAGACCUCUCCCUCUCUGGUUGUCUCGCUCUCGCCGCUUGACACCCCACGUUGUGCGCGCGAGUGGCCCACCACCCCGUCAUCUCUUCUUUAUUCUGACACUACUGAUUAUUCUUCAAAGCUCUUUGCCGACUUACCGGUCUUGUUUGUUAUGUUGAUGUAGUCACCGCUCCGGUUAGACUUCCGGGUGAUGCUCUUGUGCCGGAAAGUUGGCCUGCCGAACGUACAUCCUGCUUCAAGGACUUUCCACCAUCCUCGAUGCGGCGGGCGCUUUUCGACGGUUUUUUCCCCGGCUCGGCGUCGUUUAUUUUUGUUGUUUCGUGCUGGUGUCGAAGAUGAAUGUGAUCGCGAUUGAAACCAAUCGACAAUUUAUCAUCAUAUUCGAUAGAUAUUAUUCCGAUGUAAAUAAACUGCAGGAAAUAAUGUGAUUUUGAAUGAUGAUUUUUAACUGCCCUUUACUGGUGUUGUUUGCAAUAUCUUUUAUUGUUAAUUAUACCUGGAAAUCGGAGGCCAAGAUUUCGCACGGCCAUCAGCAGACGUUUUCGUUCUACAGCUCCUACAUGGAUACGACGUUUUGCGGCACCGUGCCCGGCUUGACCAAGGCCCAGAUCGAGCUCUGCCACCAGCAGCCCGACGCCACCCUCAUGGCCAUCGAGGGGUUGAACCAGGCCGUCAGGGAGUGCCAGUACCAGUUUCACGGGCACCGCUGGAACUGCUCUUCCCUGGAGACCAGAGGGAGAAAUCCCUACAUUAGUUCAAUUCUAACAAAAGGAUACAAAGAGGCCGCUUUCGCUCACGCGAUCACCUCGGCCGGGGUGGCGAUCGCCAUAGCUCGAGGAUGCAGCGCCGGCCUGAUGAACUGCGGCUGCGACUCGAAAAUCUACAAGAUCAGAAAACCGAGAUCGGCGGUGUCGAAGACGAAGUGGAAAUGGGGCGGGUGCUCGCACAAUUUGAAGUACGGCAUCAAGUUCUCCAAAAUGUUCCUGGACUCGCGAGAGAGGGCCGAGGACAUGCAAUCGAAGAUCAAUUUGCACAACAACCAAGUCGGAAGAAUCGCAGUGUCUAAUAACAUGCAGGUGAUGUGCAAGUGCCACGGGAUGUCGGGAAGUUGCGAAUUAAAGACUUGCUGGAGGUCAGCGCCGGAUUAUCGGGCCAUCGGGAAGGCGCUCAAGGAACGAUUCCGGUCCGCGAUUCUGGUGGAUCAAACCAACUUCGGGAAGAGGAACUUACGGAAAUUCAAUAUGAUCAACCAAAGAAAGCACAAGAAGCAGUCGAAAAUGAAGCAAUGGACGCCCAGGAAGAACAAGCACAAGAGGGACCUCUCCUACGAUUUGCUUUACUACGAAAAGUCGCCGAGUUUCUGCGAGAGGGACCAAAAUCUGGAGGUAUCGGGUACGACCGGUCGAUAUUGCAAUCGCACCUCGACCUCUUCGGAUAGUUGCAAUAACCUCUGUUGCGGCAGGGGAUACAACCUGAUAAAAAAGAGGAAAGUGGAACGGUGUAAUUGUAAGUUCUUAUGGUGUUGCCAGGUCGAAUGCCAAACUUGUAGUCAUGAAGAAUGGAUCAGUGUUUGUAAAUAAGUGUAAUUUAAACGAUAACGUGUAAUUUAUGAUAAGAAAAGUUCACCUGUUGAGAGUAAUAACAGGGAUAUAAGUACCUACCUGCUAGUACUUAUUGUUAGAUUAAAUUGGUAGGUACUACUUAUUGGUCUCUUUAUUUUAGAAUUUCGAUGAGAUUUGUAUAAUUUUUAAGUAGGAUUUAAACAACAGUAGUAUUUAAUUUAGUUGUGUAAUAAAAAUAUGAAAUUAGGGGCACUCGUUAUUAAGCUGUACUUCAUCUACAAAUAAGUAUUAAAAAUUAUAGUAAAUAUCAGAAUCUUGCAAAUUAUUGGUGUGUAAUAGACGUGUAGAUAGGCAAUACUUUUUACAUAUUUCAGGUAAAAAUAAAUGUGGAAAUAGCAUAGAAUUUCACGUUUGCUCUAAACAAUUUUCUUUUUAUUACAAAUUAAAUUAACAAUAAUCAAUUAAAC